GGCCCCUGCUGUCACUGUCCCUGCUCUGCGUUGGACAUUUCACCUCGCCACUGUAAAUUUAAAAAGAGGAUUACGUUUUGCUGACUACUGAUUUCAUAGCGUAGCUUGACCAAGUGCCGACAACUGGCUGGUCCCCCUGACAGAAGACUUAACACAGUCCGCAGUUGCAGGAUUUAUGAUUUUUCUUUUUGCAAGGCUCUGAAUUGAACAAGGAAAGAAAGCGCAUUCUGGAUCAUAAUCUGUAACAAAGUGCAUUUUACACAUUCACCCUGCGAACUCUUUCUGUCCGGUAAAACCCGUUUUCUGGUUGACUGGGCGUUUUGGACGCGCUCGUUAAACGGUGAUGCUACGGCGACGCGCAGGAUCCAUAGAGGGAAGAGACAGGUGAGGUGCGGCUGAGGAGCUGCCGUUAUUUAAGAGACGCUUUGGAUACCGAAAGCCGUGGUAUCCAUCAGCCUUUACCCCACAGAGAAGAAGAAGAGCGACCGGAGAGGGCGACCAGGCGACGGGCACCUGCCUCAGCCUCCCUACCUGGCCAUCUGGUGCGUUCAUGUGUUCUGCUGCCAUGGCGACCAUGGCUCCUCCCCUCACAUUUCUUCUUCUGCUCCUUCAACUGGCUGAUGGCUCAUUCCCAGAGGAACCCAGUCCACUCAGCUACGUCCCCGUAGAGGUGGUGAGGAGGUAUCCAGUGUUCUUGGGCAGAGCUCAUCGUUCAGCUCAGAGGCAGGAGCUGCACAUCCAGACAGUCCUGCAAGUUAACCGCACACUCUACAUAGGAGCCAGAGAUGAUUUGUACAGAGUGGAGCUAGAUAACAUGGCAGGUGAUGAAAUGUUUUACAGCAAGAAACGGACAUGGGAAUCCAAUAAAAAUGACAUUCGAGUGUGCCGGAUGAAGGGCAAACAUGAGGGAGAGUGUCGUAAUUUCAUCAAGGUUUUGCUCAGCCAGCACGGUGGCCUGUUUGUAUGUGGAACAAACGCCUUCAACCCUCUGUGUGCCAACUACACCAGAGACACUCUAGAAAUGGUGGGAGAGACUGUCAGUGGGAUGGCACGAUGCCCUUAUGAUCCACGGCAUGCCAACGUGGCUCUAUUUGCAGAUGGAAGUCUUUUUACCGGUACAGUGACAGACUUCCUGGCCAUCGAUGCGGUGAUCUAUCGAAGCCUUGGCGACAGCCCCGCCCUCCGCACAGUCAAACACGACUCCAAAUGGUUUCGAGAGCCCUACUUUGUGAGUGCCAUGGAGUGGGGGCCUCAUAUUUAUUUCUUCUUCAGAGAGAUGGCCAUGGAGUUUCAUCAUCUAGAAAAGGUGAUGGUGUCCCGUGUGGCUCGUGUGUGUAAGUCAGACCUGGGGGGUUCUCAGCGUGUGCUGGAGAAACAAUGGACAACAUUUCUGAAGGCACGACUUAACUGCUCCGUCCCUGGAGACUCACACUUCUACUUCAACCUCUUGCAUGCUACAAGCAACAUCAUUCACAUGCAGGGGCGGGAUGUCAUCCUGGGUCUAUUUUCAACUCCACCAAACAGCAUCCCUGGCUCGGCGGUGUGUGUGUUCGACAUGCAGCAGCUUGCCCACGUCUUUGAGGGACGAUUUAAAGAGCAGAAAUCCCCCGAGUCUAUUUGGACUCCGGUGCCGGACGAAGCAGUGCCUAAACCGAGACCUGGGGGAUGUGCAGUCCAAGGAUCCAGAUUUAGCUCCUCUACAGCACUGCCAGAUGAGGUGCUGAAUUUUGUGAAGACACAUCCUCUGAUGGAUGAGACUGUUCCACUGCUAGGACACCGGCCAUGGGUGGUCAAGACUAUGGGACGUUACCAGCUGACAACCAUGGUUGUAGACACCGAAGCUGGUCCCCAUAAGAACCGCACAGUAUUGUUUCUGGGAUCAACCCGAGGGACCAUCCUCAAGUUUUUAAUGAUCCCCAGCGGAGAUUCUGUCUCCCACAGCAGUGUGUUUCUGGAGGAAGUGGAGGGAUUCAACCCAGAGAAAUGUGGUGAGGACUCUCCUCAGGCUCGUCAGCUCUUGUCACUAUCGCUGGACCGGACCAGCCACACUCUGCUGCUGGCAUUCCCUUCAUGUCUAGUUCGAGUGCCCACAUCUCGCUGCCAUCUUCACUCGCGCUGCAUGAAGAGCUGCCUAGCCUCCAGGGAUCCAUACUGUGGCUGGACCAGAGGCAGCACCUGCUCCUUCUUGAGACCGGGCACACGGCUCCCUUUCCAGCAAGAUGUGGAGUAUGGAAACACCACCUCCCAUCUAGGAGACUGUGAUGGAAUUUUGCAGCAGAGUCUGCUGAUUGAACCAGAGAGCUUGGUCUCCCUCAACCUACUGGUGGCGUCUGCAGUCUCAGCGUUCACCAUUGGGGCGGCGCUGUCAGGCCUCGCUGUCUGCUGGAUCAUGGCUCACAAGCCAGCUAACCGUCGCCAUGGUAACGGUGCUCAGUCUUCUAUCCAGCGGCGUGAAAGGGGUCUGCUGAGUAACAACGGUGGGAUGGGAGGAUCUGUGCUCAGUGUGACGCGGCAAGGGGGAGGGGAGCGCUCCUGCACUCAAAGUGGGGAGACCCUAUUUGUCAUGCCCAACGGCUGGGUGAAGUCAGGAGAACUGGACCCCGGUUUCCUACCCACGCCUGAGCACACACCCCAACAGAAACGCCGUGGCCUACGACUGUCAGACUCCAACUCCGGGGGUUGGGACACGAGCCAGACGUACCUGGGGGGAGGCUCUGUCGGUCUGGGUUCCCCCUGUCGCAUGCCCCCCUCCGUCUAUCUGACCACUAGACUCUUCCAACAGGGUGGAGUAGGGAGACAUAGUAGUGAGGGCAGGGGGAAUGAUACGCCACGCCAGCACUAUGUCUGCCUCAGCAAGCAAGAAAAAUGUGGGAAGGGGACGCCAAAGGCCCCCCUCAGAAAGUCUGCAGGAGAAUAUGUAUACCCCAUGACCCCCCAGGACUCGCCCGAGCGUCGCAGGGUGGUCUCUGCACCCAGCGCCCCAAUGGAGUAUGGCGAGCCUCUGCCUUUGCGCUGGCCAGCACCAGAAGGCUACAUCCUUAGCAGUCACGGCAUGGUCCCUGUCCCCAUGCCCCCACCGUCCAUACCCACCCCCAGCAGCCAGGCCUAUGUGUCCCAACAGCACACGCCCGGCCUGAGUAGGGCUCUGCUGCGAGGGGCGCUUGAGCGAGGGGAGCUAGGCGAGCUGGUGGAUCUCAGCCAGCUGAUGAGUAAGAAGAACUGCAGUGAUAGGACUCAGACUGGCCAGUGACUGUUAUGGAAACAAAAGGGGCAGGAGUCCUUCCUUGUCCAGAGCUCUGUUUUAUUUACAGAGAUCUCCCUCCUUCUCUUUCUUCCUCAUUCAGCCAGUCCCCUCUUCUAUCCCUUCUCUUUUUAUUACAUCUUUAUGUCAUUGUCAUUCUGCCCCUCUGAUCUCCUCUGUCAGUCUCUCAGGCAAACUCCCCCCUUUUCACCCCAUGAUGAUGAGCCUCUCUGUAUGAGUGGCUUCUUGGUCUGCCACUCAUAUCCUGGCUCACACUAAUUGGUCAGAUGGAGUGAGGUUGUUGCUGUGUCUGCAUUGCAGAGUUGCCUCGCUCUCUCUCCAGUUACCCAGCAGCAGCAGGAAGAGGGAGGAGAGGGGAUGUAGAAAGAGAGAAAGAAAGAAAGAAAGAAAGAAAGAAAGAAAGAAAGAAAGAAAGAAAGAAAGAAAGAAAGAAAGAAAGAAAGAAAGAAAGAAAGAAAGAAAGAAAGAAAGAAAGAAAGAAAGAAAGAAAGAAAGAAAGAAAAAUAGGACAGACGUAGAUGGACACAGCCUUUAGAGCCUUCCUUCUUUGUGCAGAUUAACUGUGGCUGCAGAAGCAGUCACAUAGUGCUGCAGGAGUGGGAUGCCUUCUCCCUCUUGGAUAACAUUAACAAGACUGCCACCCAUCUGUUCUCCACUAUAUUACCUGUUGGUGUGAUUGCCAAGUAGGUACUUACAGUGAAAUUGCAAAUUCUUAACACCAUAAAAUGAAAAUCUACCUAAAUAUCUAAAGCUCUUGGUGACUCAUUAUACAGAAAACGGAGUGAUUCUGUGAACUCUGUGACCGUGAGCAGAAAUCAAAUGGAUGAUAAGGUGUGUGUGCGAAUAACACAGACAGAAAUCCUCUUUUGUCUCUCUUCUCCACCUUCUUGCUCUCAUAUGCACAGAAAAAAUGCAUAUAUGUACUUGUACAGGUAAUGGUGGGCAAUUAGUAUUCAUAUAUAUCAGAAGCAAGACGUGCCAAAUGCCUAGAACUUGUCUCAUAGGGAUAUGAGGCCGUAACUCACGUCUUUGGGGAGCAGAGUGCAGGACUGAAAUGUCAGCACUAUUUCUGCCAACUGCAUGCUCUCUGUAAUGACGUUGCCGGCAUCUGAACCGUCCAUCACUCUUUUUGUGUGCCUCUAUCGCUGCUUCCCUUCCAGUCCAUGUACUCUUUAAUGACCAAUAAUUCCACAAGGACGUCUGGAGCUUCUGGAGAUAUUGCACCAGGACACUGGACUGACGGCAAAAACAGAGCAGGGCAGAAAGGAAAAAAGAGAAAGUACAUGUACUGCAAUAUAUGAACUCCUUGGCCUUUGCUGUUACCUAGGGGGUUUUCCACAUCUAUACAAACACCAUCCUUCACUAAUGCUGCAUUAUAGACCACAAUCUGGUUUUACUGGGAAAAAUUUCCUGAUAAGCCCAUAGUGGGUCAAGGUCCUACAGACAUGUUGCAGAACAAAGUGGCAGUCACACUGGUGAUGAUUGAAACCAGUGGCUCAACUCAAAGCCAAUAAAGGUAAUGGAAAUGCUCCGAACAGGCAAAUGGGACUAUAUAUUCACCCUAUCAAAGUGUCCGGUGCCAUGAAAUGGUCUGUAUUUAGAUCCACACAACACAGUUUGGGUGUGUUAGUGGGGAGAUGAAAGUUGUAAAAACAGACAAGAUAAAGAAGAAUAAAGCAAAAGCUAUGUGAGACCUGAUGAAAGGAGGUGUACCACAAAAAACUGCCCAGACGACUUGAUUUUCACUCCCAGUCUGGAGUCGACACAUGAAUUCUGGUUUGUGCUAACCUUGUAGUGAGCAGCAAUAUAUGGUUUUCUGUAUAUAGUAAACUUUAAUUUAGGUAAAAUGAUAAUGUAAGACAUAUAAUAACAAAAAAGAUAGGCACUUCGUGGUUCCUAUCAGGCAUUAGCUUGCAAACAAAAAUUGAAACAUUUAUCAUGUCAUUAUAUUAAUGUAUGAAAACCUCUUCUGUUUUGUAUCGAUCUGCUCCAAGAUUAAAUGACUGACUACAUUUCUCUUUUUCCUAUUCAUUCCCUGUGUGCCAAAAUCACAUUCUCAGUUAUUUACUGAUGCCUGAUUAAUGAAGCAAAGAAAAACAGAAACUCUUGAAGUGCCAUGAAGACCAUUUCAGUCAGCGGUGCACCUGUCUCAUGCACUGUGCCGUCUUAAGAGCUCAAUAUCACCUAUCGCAGUACAUUUGUGAUAUGUAUGCCUUUUACCCUACAUGCUGAAAGAUUUUAAUUUAUCCUUUUAGAUGUCAGCUUGUAUUGCUGAGACUGUAUUUUUUCAGCUCCAUUUGUCCAAAUGCUACUGACACUGAAUGCUACCAGCAGUGUUUGAGGGUCUGUUUAUUAACUACUUCAUGCCAUAUUCUGUAAAUGCCCAUUCUGAUUAUUCCGUAAUGUAUUUACCGAUAACAUGACAUGAACUGUGUUUAUUUCUGAAAUACUGAUAUGUAAUAAUAAUUAUUUACUAGUAGUUCAUAAGCAAACCUUCAAAAUAGACUGAAAUGCUGUGAGGGAACACUGUGUAUCUCAUAUUGUGUCUCCUUUUUUUUGUCUUUUUCUAUAUGGUCUAGUGAUUGUAUCCCUUUCAUUGCCUACAACUGCCAUACUGGGGGAUCUUGAAAACACUCGUCAGCAUCCUUUGUGAAUGAAUGUAAUCAUUGUUUUUGUUUAUAGUCAUUAUUCUGUGCAGUAAUAAGAAAAAGCACAAAAAUGUUUCUUUUUUGCAUUUGAAAAGGAGCUGUUCUGUACCAUUUGUGAAUAGUGUAAAUAAUCACCCUGAAGGUAUAUUGUCUCAGUUUGGUUUUCGGGGGAUCAUUCAUGCUCUUCUGAGACAGGACUGUGUUUGAAGUGUGACUUUCUUUUUCAGUGACGAUGCUGUGAAUAAGAUGUAUGUACAGUAUUUACGUGACUCUGGCUGACUGCUGAGUUCAGCUGUUUCCUGUUAUUAGCGUAGAGUUGCGGGCCUGAUCUCAGACAGAACUGAGCCUUCUCAUUUGACUGAUGCCUGCUGAGUUUUUGCAGUUGCUAAGAUACUGCUGUUAUAAUAACCAUCAAUCUUUGGAGUACUGCUAUUAAAUGGCAUUAUAUAAUUGAC